CCCCUCAGGCAGCCACCACCAUUACUCCAACUAUUUCCACCAGUCCAACUGCCACUGUAACUCCAACUACAUCCAUGGGUCCAACCACCAUCAACACUGCAACAAUGUCCACUAGUCCAACUGCCACAGUAACUGCAACUACAUCCACUGGCUCAACUACCACCAGAACUCCAACUACAUCCACUGGUCCAGCCAGCAUUGCUACUACAACUGUGACUCCUCAGGCAGCCACCACCAUUACUCCAACUAUGAGUACUGGUCCGACUACCACUGUAACUCCAACUACAUCCAUGGGCCCUACCACCAUCAACACUGCAACAAUGUCCACUAGUCCAACUGCCACAGUAACUGCAACUACAUCCACUGGCUCAACUACCACCGGAACUCCAACUACAUCCACUGGUCCAGCCAGCAUUGCUACUACAACUGUGACUCCUCAGGCAGCCACCACCAUUACUCCAACUAUUUCCACCAGUCCAACUACCACUGUAACUCCAACUACAUCCAUGGGUCCAACCACCAUCAACACUGCAACAAUGUCCACUAGUCCAACUGCCACAGUAACUGCAACUACAUCCACUGGCUCAACUACCACCGGAACUCCAACUACAUCCACUGGUCCAGCCAGCAUUGCUACUACAACUGUGACUCCUCAGGCAGCCACCACCAUUACUCCAACUAUGAGUACUGGUCCGACUACCACUGUAACUCCAACUACAUCCAUGGGCCCUACCACCAUCAACACUGCAACAAUGUCCACUAGUCCAACUGCCACAGUAACUGCAACUACAUCCACUGGCUCAACUACCACCGGAACUCCAACUACAUCCACUGGUCCAGCCAGCAUUGCUACCACAACUGUGACCCCUCAGGCAGCCACCACCAUUACUCCAACUAUUUCCACCAGUCCAACUGCCACUGUAACUCCAACUACAUCCAUGGGUCCAACCACCAUCAACACUGCAACAAUGUCCACUAGUCCAACUGCCACAGUAACUGCAACUACAUCCACUGGCUCAACUACCACCAGAACUCCAACUACAUCCACUGGUCCAGCCAGCAUUGCUACUACAACUGUGACUCCUCAGGCAGCCACCACCAUUACUCCAACUAUGAGUACUGGUCCGACUACCACUGUAACUCCAACUACAUCCAUGGGCCCUACCACCAUCAACACUGCAACAAUGUCCACUAGUCCAACUGCCACAGUAACUGCAACUACAUCCACUGGCUCAACUACCACCGGAACUCCAACUACAUCCACUGGUCCAGCCAGCAUUGCUACUACAACUGUGACUCCUCAGGCAGCCACCACCAUUACUCCAACUAUUUCCACCAGUCCAACUGCCACUGUAACUCCAACUACAUCCAUGGGUCCAACCACCAUCAACACUGCAACAAUGUCCACUAGUCCAACUGCCACAGUAACUGCAACUACAUCCACUGGCUCAACUACCACCAGAACUCCAACUACAUCCACUGGUCCAGCCAGCAUUGCUACUACAACUGUGACUCCUCAGGCAACCACCACCAUAACUCCAACUAUGAGUACUGGUCCGACUACCACCGUAACCUCAACUACAUCCAUGGGUCCUACCACCAUCAACACUGCAACUAUGUCCACUAGUCCAACUGCCACAGUAACUGCAACUACAUCCACUGGCUCAACUACCACCGGAACUCCAACUACAUCCACUGGUCCAGCCAGCAUUGCUACUACAACUGUGACUCCUCAGGCAGCCAUCACCAUUACUCCAACUAUUUCCACCAGUCCAACUACCACUGUAACUCCAACUACAUCCAUGGGUCCUACCACCAUCAACACUGCAACUAUGUCCACUAGUCCAACUGCCACAGUAACUGCAACUACAUCCACUGGCUCAACUACCACCGGAACUCCAACUACAUCCACUGGUCCAGCCAGCAUUGCUACUACAACUGUGACCCCUCAGGCAGCCACCACCAUUACUCCAACUAUUUCCACCAGUCCAACUGCCACUGUAACUCCAACUACAUCCAUGGGUCCAACCACCAUCAACACUGCAACAAUGUCCACUAGUCCAACUGCCACAGUAACUGCAACUACAUCCACUGGCUCAACUACCACCAGAACUCCAACUACAUCCACUGGUCCAGCCAGCAUUGCUACUACAACUGUGACUCCUCAGGCAGCCACCACCAUUACUCCAACUAUUUCCACCAGUCCAACUACCACUGUAACUCCAACUACAUCCAUGGGUCCUACCACCAUCAACACUGCAACUAUGUCCACUAGUCCAACUGCCACAGUAACUGCAACUACAUCCACUGGCUCAACUACCACCAGAACUCCAACUACAUCCACUGGUCCAGCCAGCAUUGCUACCACAACUGUGACUCCUCAGGCAACCACGACCAUUACCCCAACAAUUUCCACUAGUCCAACUUCCACCGUAACUGCAACUACAUCCAUGGGUCCAACCACCAUCAACACUGCAACAAUGUCCACUAGUCCAACUGCCACAGUAACUGCAACUACAUCCACUGGUCCAGCCAGCAUUGCUACCACAACUGUGACCCCUCAGGCAACCACCACCAUUACUCUAACUAUGUCCAGUAGUCAAACUACUUCUGUCACCCCAACUACAUCCAUGGGUCCAACAACCAUCAUUACUGAAACUAUGUCCACUAGUCCAACUGCCACAGUAACUGCAACUACAUCCACAAGUCCAACUACCACUGUAACCCCAAAAAUAUCCAGGAGUCCAGCCACCAUCAAUACUGAAACUAUGUCUACUAGUCCAACUGCCACAUUAAUUCCAACUACAUCCACUGGUCCAGCCAGCAUUGUUACUUCAACUGUGACCCCUCAGGCAACCACCACCAUUACCCCAACUAUUUCCACUAGUCCAACUUCCACCAUAACUGCAACUACAUCCAGCGGUCCAACUACCACCGUAACCCCAACUACAUCCAUGGGUCCAACCACCAUCAACACUGCAACAAUGUCCACUAGUCCAACUGCCACAGUAACUGCAACUACAUCCACGGGUCCAGCCAGCAUUGCUACUACAACUGUGACUCCUCAGGCAACCACCACCAUUACUCCAACUAUUUCCACCAGUCCAACUGCCACUGUAACUCCAACUACAUCCAUGGGUCCAACCACCAUCAACACUGCAACAAUGUCCACUAGUCCAACUGCCACAGUAACUGCAACUACAUCCACAAGUCCAACUACCACUGUAACCCCAAAAAUAUCCAGGAGUCCAGCCACCAUCAAUACUGAAACUAUGUCUACUAGUCCAACUGCCACAUUAAUUCCAACUACAUCCACUGGUCCAGCCAGCAUUGUUACUUCAACUGUGACCCCUCAGGCAACCACCACCAUUACCCCAACUAUUUCCACUAGUCCAACUUCCACCAUAACUGCAACUACAUCCAGCGGUCCAACUACCACCGUAACCCCAACUACAUCCAUGGGUCCAACCACCAUCAACACUGCAACAAUGUCCACUAGUCCAACUGCCACAGUAACUGCAACUACAUCCACGGGUCCAGCCAGCAUUGCUACUACAACUGUGACUCCUCAGGCAACCACCACCAUUACUCCAACUAUUUCCACCAGUCCAACUGCCACUGUAACUCCAACUACAUCCAUGGGUCCAACCACCAUCAACACUGCAACAAUGUCCACUAGUCCAACUGCCACAGUAACUGCAACUACAUCCACAAGUCCAACUACCACUGUAACCCCAAAAAUAUCCAGGAGUCCAGCCACCAUCAAUACUGAAACUAUGUCUACUAGUCCAACUGCCACAUUAAUUCCAACUACAUCCACUGGUCCAGCCAGCAUUGUUACUUCAACUGUGACCCCUCAGGCAACCACCACCAUUACCCCAACUAUUUCCACUAGUCCAACUUCCACCGUAACUGCAACUACAUCCAGCGGUCCAACUACCACCGUAACCCCAACUACAUCCAUGGGUCCGACCACCAUCAACACUGCAACAAUGUCCACUAGUCCAACUGCCACAGUAACUGCAACUACAUCCACUGGCUCAACUACCACCGGAACUCCAACUACAUCCAGUGGUCCAGCCAGCAUUGCUACCACAACUGUGACCCCUCAGGCAACAACCACCAUUACUCAAACAAUGUCCACUGGUUCAACUACCAUUGUACUAACUCCAACUACGUCCAAUAAUCUUACCACUGCUGUGGCUCCAACCAGUACUCAGACCACAGAAGCCGUUUCAACAGCUACUACUAGAUUGUUGAAUACCACAACAUCAGCAACUACUCAAUCACUGAAUACCACAAUAACAUCAGUAACUUCUGGACCAUUGAAUACCACGAUAGGCUUAAAUACAACUUUUAUGAUGAACACGACAACAAAUCUAAAUACCACAACUCCAUCCCGCUUUACCUCACAACCUCUGACAACAACCCCGACAACUCAUUCAGUGACUUUGCACACUCACUCAUCCACGUCUCAGUCAACCUCAGCUCCUGGGUCAACAACCGCAGCGGGCCUUCAGUUCCUGGCACACUUGCAGCUGAAGAUAGCUUCCAGUGGUGAAAUCAGCAAUGCAACCAUCCUCACACUGGUGAGGCAGCAUUUCGGGAGCCUACUGAACGGAACAGUUCACAGCAUCACUGUGAGAAACAUCCAGAGGGUUCCAGGACGCUGAGAUCUCGUGUGUUGUGAUUGAAUAGCUAUUCACUUCAACAUUGCUGCCUGAGCAUGUAUUUAGGAGGCAGUUGCAAGCCUUUUGUGUUUGUCUGCAGGUCAGAAAAAUACAUUUGUUUGCCUGGUUUGAUGAUGGCUGAAGACAUUGCCUUCUUUUGAUCACCCUGGGUUUUCUGAUCUUAAAUCACAAUGAGUCGCUCGUUUCAGUUAGAGAAAAAUUCUUGGAGUCUCAUAUAGUCACCAGCGGAGCAAUUCUGUGUGAACCACUAUGUACACAUUUGUGAACAGUGUUUCAGAGGGCUGGUAUUGCUCUUUUUUAAGAAUCACAAUACACCUCACUGGAGCAAUGUCGUAUGUUUCCUUUCAUGAAAUACACUUGACACAUGAGAAUAUCGGAGUCAUGCGGCCAUCACACUCGCAGCAGUGGAAAUAACCUGAAAUGCAAAGGUGACGGAUUCGUCAUAGUACCUUGUCUUGCUGGUUUCAUGGAUUGUUUUAGUGUGAGCUCAUAAACGUAGACCUCUGAACAUCACUUCAAUUGUUAACCAGAAAAAAGUCAAUGUUAAUAAAUCAUUACCAGUU